AGCAGCUCGGGCUCCAGCGAGACUCUACGGCGAGUGCCUCGCCACAGGCCCUCGGCCUCGCGCACAUGGCGCCCGGCCGCGCGGGCCCCGUGGUGGCGGCGGUCGCCGCCGCAGCCCUGCUGCUCCGCGCCGGCACGUCGGCAGCGCCACCGCCGCAGGGCCCAGAGCCCGAGGAGGCCUGCGGCGGCCGCGGCUGCGCCGCGCCGCUCCUGGAGGACGAGAGCCUCCUGCAGCUCAGCGGGAGGCGCCCCCGCGGCAGCGGCAGCGCAGGUCCUCGCUCGACGGGGCGCAAGAGCGGCCUGUCGCUGGAAAGACCUUUUCGAGUGCGGGCCCAGUGGGGUCCCCCCGAUCGCCCGAAGGCGAGGCGGCAGUGGCGUCUUGCGCGCGUGUGUUUGGCCCCCCCGCGGCCCCCCAGAAAGCGGCGCGUCAAAGGUCACUCUCACCCGGGGUCAUUAUUGCGGAAAGCAGGCUCGCGGGCGAAAGACAUUCCCAUCGAGCUAGCCCGAAGGCCUGUGCAGAGAUGCGGUACGGAACUGUUAGGCAGCGUGUCCUUGCCUCAGGCUUUCCUUAUGUUUUCGACCGGAAAUCGAAGGUUAACUUCUGGAAAAAAGGGGCCUCGUUCCUUAUUUUGGGUUCCUUAGGUCAACGCCCCGACUGUACCACCCCCUCCCCGUGCGAACCCCGGGGGGGGGGAGGUAGGUCUCACAGGCGCCCCCAGGACGCGCUCUUUCGCCUGUGCGUGGCCGCUUGGUGGGCCCGAUCGCCUCCCACGCCACCACGCUGGGGCGAAAAACGUGUCCUUCUCCGCGGCCUCGCGGGCCCGUGGGCCGCGACCCCACGGAUGCGGGGCGUCCUUUCGCGGACGUCCCGCAAAGAACGUACCCGUGCGACCGCGUGUCUGCGGGACUGUUCCCCGGAGUCCAGACCGCGGGAGCGUGGACAUGGAUACGUUCGCCGCUCGUGAGGUUCGCCGAAGCAGUCGACGCAAGAGGUGCGCGAGGCGAGCAAAGAGGUGCGCGCAGUGAGCCUGGACGCUGGCGGCUUCCUGUCGUUCACAGCCCUGACUGGCUUGACCACGGGGCUCCUGUCUGCAAUGGGGGGCGGGGCCACUUUGGACACUCUCUUCGGCAGCUUUGACGUGGUGUCUGGCACCAGUGGUGGUGCUUGGUUUGAGUCGCAGCUGGCGUAUUCGGAGCAAUUCGAGGAUCUCGUAUACAAAAUGGCCAAAGUGCCAGCGAAGGCAGGAGAGCUCAUGAACGCCGAGUGGUACGCGAGGGCCCUCGGCUUCGGCGCAUUACGAGACGGCUCCCUGCAGAUAAGCACGGAGUCGCUCCAGUGCUUGAUGCAGCUCAUCAGCCAGGUUGAUCCAGCCGUCAGUGCCCUCGCCGAAGAGCUCCUGGGCCCAGCGCUGAGCGCGGGCGCGCUGGCGCCAGCCAACGACAGCGCGGCGGCGGCGCCGGGGAGUGGCCUGCCCGUGUCCGCGCUGGAGGGGAUCCUGGCGACGGCGCGCGAGAAGGGCGUUCCCGAGAUAUUCGUCGAGUAUAUCAUAUCGGCUGUGACUUCGCUGGCGGAAGUGGGGGUGCCCCUAACUUGGACCCGGUUCGUUGAGGUGAUGAACGACAGGACAGCUGGCAUCAGCCCCGCGAUGACGCUGGGCAGCCGUACCAACUCGUGGGCCGAGGGGAAGGAGUUCUUGUAUACCGUCACGCUGCCUGUCCCGCAGCCGAAGCGCCUGCCACUCCAGCACAACUUCACCGACAAGGUGAACCCAUUAGAGUUUGGUGGUUUCGGGCUGCCUAAUUUCACGGAGGUUGCCGUGUUCAAUCCUCCUGGUGAGGCCUCUGAUUUGUUUUACACUGUUCAGACGAGUGAGACCCAUCUCGCUGCUAAUUUGCUCCCGGCGAGGUUCAGCUAUUCCGUCCGCUCAGGCGUCGAGCUGGGUGGGGAGAGUGCGCCGAUGACGUUCUGUGGAGACCCGUCUUGCUUUGGAACUUCGCUGCAUUAUGCUCAGGGCAGCAGUGGCGACUCGGCCGAGUCGGGGCCCCUGGGCACGCAGUUCAAUCUGGCGUUUGAAACGAAUGUGAGCAGCUUGCCGAUCGGUCCGGUCUCUGCUGCCUCCUCCGCCUUCCAGUGGGUCAUGGGCGUGACGGGCUUCGACGCCACACAGUCGUGUUUCGACCUGGCUGUGUGGGUUGACGGGUCUCCGAAUGGCAAGGCCUUCUCCGGUGGGGAGGAGGUGCGGGCUGAGCUGUUCGCCAGCGGCAGCGGCAGCAACGUGACGCAAGGCGCGGACUCGCCCGCACAGGCUGGAUUGCUUGCCCUGGGUGACGGCGGCAACCUUGACGUAACUGGCUUGGUCAACGCUGUAGCCGCGGGCGCCUCAAGGGUGACAGUGCUUCUGAGUACGGACCUCACAAACACGUCUCUCACCCACGCCUACAGAGACCUCACAAAUUUGUUCCCCCGACCCGGGAAUAACCCGGUGCGGGUUAUCUGUGCGGAGCCGCCGAUUGACCAGGUUGAAGGCUUCGUCGAGACUAUGAAGCGCAUCCCGGCGCAGCCCGACACAGAGUUCCUGUCCGCGGUCGCCCACGGCACCCUCGAGUGCACCACCGUGCAGAACCCGUGGUUCGGGAUCGAGGCUGGCCAGAGAAUUACACUCGAUGUGGUUUCUGUCGAGUCCGUCAACGUGACCAUCGGGCUGCCGGCGGCGGGCUACAGCUUCGGCAGUUUCUUCGACUACGGCAGAUUCUUGGGCGAGGUCGUCGCUACGCUCACCGCCGAAGACAAUCGAGAGGAUGUAGAAGCCGUUAUCGCGCGAUAUUUCAAUCAUUGAUUCACCCGGAACGCGCUGAUCUAUCGAUCCACGGUUGCGGCCGCAGGAACGGGGACAACCAAAGAGACCUCUGUAUUUGUGUUUGCGCGUCUCGGCUGUCUCGGAGGGCGCUCGCUGAGAAGCAGCUGCGUCAGCAGCCGCUUGCUUCGAGGGACCAGGAUUAAGUCGGGCCUGUCCCUCUACAGGACGAAGAUUCCAAAAUAGUCAAGAAUAGUCUGGGGACGAAUGUUUGACUAUGCUUGAUUUGUUGUUAAAGUUGUUUGUUGUAUGUUGCAUUGUUCGCCCAACAUCCCCCUGUAGGGGGACUCCCGACCUGAGACCAGGAUCCGGGAUGGGCGACAGCUGCUGCAGCUUGCCAAUCCUCCCACAGAUCGCGCUAUGUUUGAGAGUGCUGGACGUCCUCGAGGGCAAAGCUCCCUUCAAAGAAUGUUUUCGUGUGCUGAUGAUGGCGCCCUAGGACUUCUGGGCGGGAAACCUCGCCUUGUUUCUAGCAGCCGUCCUGAUCGCCUCUCGUCCCCUCCUCGUCUCCACCCUCUCGCCCGCGCCCGCGGCUGAAUAUAUUCACAGGACUGCAGUCUCGAGACCCCGUCUCCACCCUCUCGCCCGCGCCCGCGGCUAAACAUAUCGCUUAUUUUCAGGACUGCAGUCUCGAGACCCUCGCGGCAGUCCGAUUGUAAACACCCGUGUCGGAGAGCAGGGGGCGCAGGCAAAGCGAGGGUGCGCGUGCGGGCUGGAGGGGAUCGCCACCCGCUGCUAGAGCAAGCCGUCAAGACGUUCUCCCGGUCCCCGGUGGGAGGGGACUUUGAGGGACCUGAGGAUACGCACUCCAAUUCGUGCCUCGCGGCACGGUGGCAGAUCAAUGCACGUUCACGCGGUCAAGGUGUGUUGCAGGAUACGGUUGAGCGAUACGGACUUGGUUGGGAUGAUGGCAUGGUAAUUAGGGUGAACGAGCGUGCAG